GUUCAGAGAAUCCAGUAUGAAUUAGAAUGGCUAGAGAAUAUGAAAAAAAGAAAAGAAAAGAGAGAGAUAUAAAGUGAAAUAUUCAACUCAAACAAGCCUCUAGGAAGUCCAAUUGACUAUAAUUUAAUUAAUAAAUGGCUACUAUUAUAUGGAGACUUAAUAAAUGUAUAUAAAGACAUUUGGAUAACUGUAUCUUGCUCAUACUUGAACUCCGAAAUGUGAAACACCUAAUCUGCAGGACCAUGGAUGUGCAUCUUCAUGUAAAGGACUCAAAAUCAGUGAAAUUUAAAAUUUCAUAACUGAGAAUAAGGAAGCUUCUCCAUAGGUGCUUCAAAAUCUUUUGUAAUUUCAACCUAACUCAACUAUUUUAAUUUUUUUUUAGGUUCAAAAAGCUGAGCUUCGAAAGAAAGAAUGGAAAUAUUUUGUUCAUUAUCUUGGUUGGAAUAAAAAGUGAGUAUGCCUUCUACCAGAUAGCCGGUUAUAUUUUGAGUUCAUAUUUUGGUUCAAGGACCUUCGGGGGUCAUUCUUUACUCUUUUUCUUCCUGCUAAUAUGUGUCACUACUAUGAUAGUUCGGUAAUCUUGUGGCCUGUGAUUUGAAUUGUGCUAUCUUAAGGCAGCACCCUAUUAUUUUCAAUCACCUGUAUUUUCUUGUUCUUUUCAUUUUACAGCAUAUAAUUUAUUUUCUUGCUACUGUGUCCAUCUUACUCUCUCUGUUUUCUUCCCAAAUUUUCCAACUGUAAGAUAUACUUGGUGAUGCAACACACUUUAACUUUAAAGAAGUUUUAAGUUUUUAUCUUUUUUGAGUUUUUCCAUGGUGCACAGGUGAAUCAUACCAGAUUUCUUUUUGGUCUUUGCUUUUCUCCGAUAUAUUCAUACUGCAGGGUAAACCAAAUUUUCUUCUAUAUGGCUGUAGGCAUUUUCCCACUCAAUCAAAAUGCCUUUUGGUAAUAUCUUUUUAUGGUCAUUGGCUUAUUGGUUUUUUGUUUUCUAUUACCAACUCCUAAAAAUUAAGUUUCAGAUAAGGGAGCAAUGACCAAUGCAAAUUUAAAACCAAGACACAGGCUUUUCCUGGUUCAAACUGUUGUAGCAUGCUUUUCAUACUUUUUAAAAAGUAUUGUUCCGUUGAUAUAUCCCCUUUUUCCAAAAGGGACACAGAAAUCAUUACUGUGGGUUGGACAUCUUGACAACAGUUGGGACGAAUGGGUUGGUGCUGACCGGCUGUUGAAAGAUACUGAGGAGAAUGUCUUGAAGCAGCAAGCCCUUGAAAAAAAACAGGGUGUAGACAAGACUUCUAAGUCUGGGCGUUCUACUCAGACCAAGCCAAAGGGCUCUGCUGAUGCAAAAGCAGAUAAAGAAGACAUCAAAAACAAUGCGGCAAGAGGAAAGAAGCGAAAGAGUGAUUCAGUCAUUGAGAAGGACAACUCAUCUUCAGAGAAGCUCAUCAAAAUUCAAAUCCCGUCAGCUCUAAAGAAGCAGCUUGUUGAUGAUUGUGAAUUUGUUACCCAACAGGAUAAGCUUGUUAUACUUCCCCGGUCACCCAAUGUGGAUGAAAUCUUGACAAAGUACCUUGAUCACAGGUCCAAGAAAGAUGGCAUAAUGGCAGAUUCAAUUGGAGAAAUCCUCAAGGGUGUUCGGUGUUACUUUGAUAAAGCUUUGCCCAUGAUGCUUCUGUACAAAAAAGAGCGCCAACAGUACCACAAAGCAGUCCUUGGUGAUGUCUCCCCGUCAACAGUAUAUGGUGCAGAGCACUUACUACGCCUCUUUGUUAAGUUGCCUGAGCUGUUGGCGUAUGCGAAUGUUGAAGAGGAAACAUUGACCAACUUGCAGCAGAAAUUGCUGGAUUUUCUCAAGUUUCUGCAGAAGAAUCAGAGUGCCUUUUUCCUUUCUAGUUAUGAGGGACCCAAAGAUUCGGAUGGUAAAGGAAAAGAUGAUUAGGUAGCCAUCUCUGUUUUCCUUAAUCCCCAUUACCAGAUGACAGAUUUAGUGGAAGCAUCUCAUGUUCGGUUAGUUUGCUGUCCUCCACUUCUACAAUCAUCGGAUACACGGGGACACCAUCAAAUUGUUGUUGUAACAGUAGAAUUGAUAAUUCUUUCUUUGUUUUCCUCCUAUCAUCAGGGUUUUAGGUGACAUUUUUCAAGAUGUAUAAUGGCUGAUGAUUGUUUCUUUGUUGUGUGAUGGUCCUUCUGUAGCAACUAGCAAGUCCCAAUGAGAACUUGACACCCACGGAAAUUGUAGUUCUUUUCUGCAAUUCUGAAAGCUAUGCUUCCAACAUAUGGCUACGUUAUUUAUUUAAUCAACUAAGGACAAAGAU